UUCUAAUAGGUAUUAUUUAUUAUUCGAUUGACCUCUCUUCAAAAGUUCCAUAAUUUAAUUUAUUCAAAUCUCAAGUACGCAUUACAAAGUCAUUGUCGGUUUCGGCCAGUAUAAAUACCGCGAUACUCCAUCUGCUUGUUAAACAACUUUUGAACUUUGAGUAGUUAACUACUUACAACUAAAAAAUCAAUAUGCAGAAACUCAUCGCUUUCGCCGCCUUCCUGGCCUGCGCCGCUGCCGCUCCAGGCGUCCUAGUCGCCCACGAGGCCCCCGUCGUCCACUCCGUGCACGCCCUCCCCGUGGUGGGCUCCAAGACCACCAUCACCAAGAGCAGCCAGGUCGUCAACCACGGCAGCCCCGUCGUGCACGCCGUGCACACCCCGGUCGUACACGCUGCGCCCAUCGUGCACGCCGUACACACCCCGGUCGUACACGCUGCGCCCGUCGUGUCCGUGCACUCCGCGCCUGUCGUCCACGCCGCCCCCGUCGUCCACGCCGUCCACGCCGCUCCCGUCGUGCACGCCGCUCCCCUGGUCGUGAAGACCGCUCCCGUCGCCGUCGCCCAGAGCAGCUCAGUUGUUCACCACGGACAUGUCGUCAAGUCCGUCCCCCUGAUCGCUGUCCAUCAUUGAUCGAAUACCUAUUUAGAAUAAAACUUAUUAAUUAUUUAAAA